AUGCCUCGGUCGGAGGAAGCGGAGUCAUGGGCAAAUGCUGUCUAUUCAGCAAUUCAAGAGAUUCCUCACGGCAAAGUUACCUCCUACGGCCACAUUGCCCUUCUGCUGGGUGAACCUCAAAGACCACGUCAGGUUGGUGUGUGUCUGAAAUCUCUACCUGCCGCAGACUCUGGCUUGCAUUUCAAUUCCAGCACUGUCCCCUGGCAACGAGUUGUCAAUGCCAAAGGGAUGAUCUCUCAUCGUGGCCCUGGAAGCGCAGAGCGGCAAGCAGAGGCACUGCGAGAAGAAGGCGUCGUUGUGACCACGGACAGUAUGAACGAGUUUUACAUUGACUUCUCAAGUUAUGGCUGGUUUCCAAAGCAGCUACCGAGUGAAGAAGAGGAGGACAAUGAACAGUCAACAUAA